GGACAAGACAACAAAGUACAAAAUGGUUCUUUGCAUCAGAAGGAUACAGUUCAUGACAAUGACUUUGAGCCCUACCUUUCUGGACAGUCAAAUCAGAGUAACAGUUACCCCUCCAUGGCCGACCCCUACCUGUCCAGCUAUUACCCGCCGUCCAUUGGAUUCCCUUACUCCCUUAAUGAGGCACCGUGGUCAACUGGAGGGGACCCUCCCAUCCCGUACCUCACCACCUACGGACAGCUCAGCAAUGGCGAUCAUCACUUCAUGCAUGACGCCGUGUUUGGACAGCCUGGGGGCCUGGGGAACAACAUCUAUCAGCACAGGUUUAAUUUUUUCCCUGAAAACCCUGCCUUCUCAGCCUGGGGGACAAGUGGGUCUCAGGGACAGCAGGCCCAGAGUUCUGCUUAUGGGAGCAGCUACACCUACCCACCGAGCUCCCUGGGUGGCACGAUUGUGGACGGGCAGACGGGCUUUCACAGCGACACCCUCAACAAGGCCCCCGGGAUGAACAGCCUGGAGCAGGGCAUGGUGGGCCUGAAGAUCGGAGAUGUCACCACCUCUGCAGUCAAGACAGUGGGCUCAGUCGUCAGCAGUGUGGCAAUGACUGGUGUGCUUUCUGGCAAUGGUGGGACAAAUGUAAACAUGCCGGUUUCGAAGCCGACUUCAUGGGCUGCCAUCGCCAGCAAGCCAGCAAAGCCGCAGCCGAAAAUGAAAGCCAAGGGCGGACCUGUCAUCGGGGCCGCACUGCCCCCUCCGCCUAUAAAGCAUAACAUGGACAUUGGCACCUGGGAUAACAAGGGGCCCGUGCCCAAGGCCCUGGCCCCACAGCAGGUGCCGGCUCCCCAAUCUGCCCCCCAGCCUCAACCGGUUGUGCAGCCUCUGUCAGUUCAGCCCCCCCCUUUGGCCCAACCACAGUAUCAGAGUUCUCAGCCGUUGCCCCAAACCCGCUGGGUCGCCCCCCGCAACAGGAAUGCAGCAUUUGGGCAGAGCUCGGGGACUGGGGGUAACAGUCACUCCCCCGGAAGCACCCAGUCUGGUUCUGCCCUGAGCGCAGAAUCCCAUCCAGUCCUUGAGAAACUGAAGGCUGCCCACAGCUACAACCCUAAGGAGUUUGACUGGAACCUGCGGAGUGGCCGCGUGUUCAUAAUAAAGAGCUACUCGGAGGAUGACGUGCACCGCUCCAUCAAGUACUCCAUCUGGUGCAGCACCGAGCAUGGUAACAAGCGCCUGGAUGGCGCCUUCCGCUCCGUCGGCAGCAAGGGACCUGUCUACCUGCUCUUCAGCGUCAACGGCAGCGGCCACUUCUGUGGGGUGGCGGAGAUGAAGUCGCCCGUGGACUACGGCACAAGUGCUGGGGUCUGGUCUCAGGACAAGUGGAAGGGCAAGUUUGACGUGAAGUGGAUUUUUGUCAAGGACGUGCCCAACAACCAGCUCCGGCACAUCCGACUGGAGAACAAUGACAACAAGCCAGUCACAAACUCCCGCGACACCCAGGAGGUGCCCUUAGAAAAAGCAAAGCAAGUGCUGAAAAUCAUCGCCUCCUACAAGCACACCACUUCCAUCUUUGAUGACUUUUCUCACUAUGAGAAGCGACAGGAGGAAGAGGAGGUGGUGCGCAAGGUGAGUUGGGAACGGCAGAAUCGGAACAAACAAUAAGGAUGAGCCAGUUUCUGUUAUGAUCUAAUGUUUGAUUGAAAAGCCAAGUUUCAGAACGUGUGCUUGGUGCUGUGCCUGGGUCAGCCCAGCCGUCUUCCUGUGCAGGCCUCGUGCUGCCUCUCUGCGUUCUCUGUCGUUUGUUUUUGCCCAGGUGGCUCUUCACUCAUGUGUAUUUUUUCUGUGUAUUAUAGUAUUGUAGAACUCACUAAUAAAGUUUUCGUCAGCUUAUCAAUCAGAUUGACCUAAUGCGAAAUAUAAAUAUCUUUAAAAAAAACAACCUAAUGCACCCCCAAAGAAUUUUUUUUUUUUUUUGGCAGAAAUUAUGUGCUUGUUCUUAUAUUCAAAGUCAUCUAACAUCUUUCUUUGAGAUUAUUUCUCACCCCUGUUGCCUCGUCUUGAAUGUAUCGAACCAUGAGUUGUUUUGUCAUGUAGCGUAUGUGUUAAAUACUCUCUUCAAAGUGCAAGUGAGCAAUCACCUGUUUGGGCUGGUUUGCCAUUUUAUGAUCAGUUACCUGUCUAAGAGGCUACUCUGCCAUCUGUUUUUUACUAGAGAAAGAUAAAUUUUAGUUUUCCAGAUUUGGUUAUGGCUGUGUUUCCUUGGGCCGCCCACCCUCUCCAACCCCGCACCGGAAUAGCACUGUCCAGCGGGGUGACAGCAGGACCCAGCGUGCGGAGGUUAGGGUCCAGGGUUCAGGCACCCUCAGUGUGUGCAACUCAUUGUAACCCUUUAUCUUCUCUUGAGAAUCCUGAUGCCAUCUUACGUUUUUAUACCAGUUAUGCUGAGCUUGUAUUGCUCUGCUCUGGUGGCAGACAGUGUCAUGGAUGGUGCUGCCCACUGUAAAUCUCACCGCGUGGCUACUUUUCUUUUUCCCGUCAAUUGGUUUUUAAAAAGAAAACAAAAAAACUUUAGACACUGAGUGUUCGGUCAUGUUUUGUGGAGUGAGGGCUGUUGCCCUCACUGUCACCUGGAGUUGAAGCAUGGAAAUGGUGCUCGUGCCCGCCACGCUCGCUCGCACACGCAUCUACACGUGCCCCCUAGAGGACUUGCCGUGUAGAGAGCAGAUCUAAAAACUAUUUACUCUGAAUGGCCCUCUGAGUUCAAGUGUAGGUAGGCUGUAUUAUUUAGACUUGUGUUUAGAAUGUGUCCCUUUCUCUGAACUGUUACCGCUUGGAUGGAGUCAUGGACAACAUGGGACACUGUUACCUUGAGAAAAGUACAAGCCUUAAUAAACAAUCCUAUUAGCA